UUUGCUAUCUUGUUAGACGGUCUUUCACACUGUUUCCUGAAAGUAACUCUUUCUUUUGAAACAGCCCAAACUCAAGAAACAAGAGCCGUCAUGCCAGGGAAAAAGGCUGCAAAGAGACAAAUCGAAAAUAAGGCUGAGGAUUCAAACGCUGCAAAAAAAGUCAAAGUAUCCCACAGGAGUCAUGGGCAGGAGAAGGGGUUGGUGUUGGUGUUGGGACAGGGGGAUGUUGGCCAGUUGGGCUUGGGAGAGGAUAUCCUGGAGAGAAAGAAGCCGGCCCUUGUGACACUCCCUGAAGGCGUGGUGCAGGCGGUGGCUGGAGGCAUGCACACAGUCUGCCUCAGUGACACGGGAAAUAUCUAUACAUUUGGCUGCAAUGAUGAAGGUGCCCUGGGACGGGACACGUCAGAGGAAGGUUCAGAGAUGGCCCCCGGGAAGGUGGAGCUGGCGGAGAAGGUGGUGCAGGUGUCUGCUGGGGACAGCCAUACAGCUGCACUAACUGAGGAUGGCACUGUCUACAUUUGGGGCUCCUUCAGGGAUAACAACGGGGUCAUUGGACUUCUUGAACCCAUGAAGAAAUGUACUGUACCUACAAAAGUCCCCAUAGAUGAGCCAGUGGUUAAAAUCGCUUCAGGGAAUGAUCAUUUGGUGAUGCUGACUCUAAAUGGAGAUCUCUACACAUCUGGCUGUGGAGAGCAAGGGCAGCUGGGAAGAGUACCAGAGCGUUUUGCCAACCGAGGAGGCCGGAAAGGACUGAUGAGGCUGCUGGAGCCACAGAUGGUGAUGGUGCGGCCGCGAGGCAAGGUCAUCUUCACAGACGUCUUUUGUGGGGCGUACUUUACCUUCGCCGUCUCCAAAGACGGACACGUCUACGGCUUCGGCCUCUCCAACUACCACCAGUUAGGAACCCAGGGCACAAACACCUGCUUUGCCCCUGUAAAACUCACAGCCUUCAAAAACUCCACCACCUCCUGGGUCUGCUUCUCUGGAGGACAACAUCACACAGUCUGCCUGGACUCGGAAGGCAUGGUGUACAGUCUAGGACGAGCAGAGUAUGGGAGACUUGGUCUGGGACAGGGGGCAGAGGAGAAGAGUGAGCCCACGCCGGUUGGAGGGAUCAGUGGAGCUCAGGUGGUUGCUUGUGGGGCAUCUGUUAGUUUUGCUGUCACCAAAGAAGGCUCUGUGUUUGCCUGGGGCAUGGGCACCAACCUGCAGCUGGGCACAGGAGAAGAGGAUGAUGAAUGGAGCCCUGUGGAGAUGACUGGCAAGCAGCUGGAAAAUCGCGCAGUUCUGUCAGUGUCCAGCGGGGGGCAGCACACAGUCCUGCUGGUCAAAGACAAACAGGAGAGUUGAUGAUGCUGGAUCAAGAGCAGAGCAGUGGAAGAACUGCAUCGACUAUAAACAAUGUGUUCAUCAGGGGAGGGGGGGGUUUUAAGUUGGUGGAGACUGCCUGUGCUGAACCGUGCUAGCCUUGAGAAUGGAGAUGACAGCUUGUGAGCGGGGGAAAAAGGAGGAUGUGUCCCUACUGAAGAGCUCCUGUGUUCAGGGGAGUCUCACCUUUCGCUGGAUUAUAUUCCAGUAGAUCAUGAUCCAAGAGAGAAACUAUUUUUUUAAGCCUUGUUUUGUGUUUCAUUUUCUUAAUUCCUUAAAAUUGAGUAUCUUUUAGAAUGCCUUUUGGGGAUGUCAGUUGGUGUGUGAAUGAAUCUUGUAUGUAUGUAUGUAUUGGAAAGUGAUUUAAAAAGACCUUUUAGAUAAAUCCCCAUUACAGUAUUUUAAAAACUUUGCAAUUUGCUCAAGCAAUAAAAAAGUAUGCCUGUAAGUGCAGUUUAUCAUCUGUGUACAAGACAAAGGAUGUUUUAUUUGGCAUGAUUUCAUGGUUUACGUGAAAAAUAAGAAUUGGCAUAACUUCAUUGCGUCUGUAAUGUCAUUAUUGCUGUUCGGUGGGGAAUUUAAUAAAAAAAAUUAA